AUGGUAGCUGAACCAGUACAAGCAACUAUUGAAACGUUGUCAUAUCUAUAUAACAAAACUAAUGACUUCAUAAAUACUCAACAUGGAAACGUCUCAAUUUCAGAUUUGUACGAUCAAAUAACGCUGUAUAAUCCGUUUAAUCAUGAUCUUACCAUUACCAUUCAUCAAAAUACCAAUCAUAAUCGGAAAAUCACAAGUCCUAUCAAAGAGAAGUUUGCUCAGAGUUUUGUCGAACAUAAAUGGAAGUAUAUAUCUAUCCUUACUGUGGGACUUGGAGUGGGGACGUAUGUGUUUUAUCAGCAAGUUUAUAAACCAGUGUUAUUGAUAGAGAAUGCCAAUAACAACAAUAAUAAAUUAAAGAGGAGGGUUCCAAAGUUAUCGAAUGGAGCAAGAGGGGAUGUGGUGUUGAUUAUUGGAUCACCUACUGAACCAUUAACGAGAUUGAUUGCGUUGGAUUUUGAAAAGAGAGGAUUUAUCGUAUAUUUAACUAUCCUUGAUGAGAAAGAUUUUAAAUACGUUGAAUCAAAUCCUAUCACUGAUGAUAUUAAUUAUUUAAAUUUGAAUGAAUCAGUUAGUUUUGAAAGUCAAUUGAUUAAAUUCCAACAAUUAUUAGAAUUGGCAGUUAUACCGUUCCCAGGAGCUGAAUCUCAUAAUUUAACAUUAAAAGCCAUUGUAUUCUCUCCUCAACUAUAUUUCCCCAUUGGUCCUAUUGAGAAUGUUAUGAUUUCAACUUGGUCAAAAUUACAAGAUAAGAUGUUUAUCUAUUUAAAAUUGUUUUCAUCCGGAUUAAUAAAUUUAGCAAGAUUACAACUGAGUAAGAUUAUUUUAAUUUAUCCUAAUAUCAUAAGUUCAUUAUCGAUUCCUUAUCAUUCACCAGAAACACUUUUCCAAACUCAAUUGAAAAGUCUAUUCACGAUCUUAACUCGAGAAGUAUCUCAACAUAAUUUAUCUGUAACUCAAGUUAAAUUAGGGAAUUUAAAUAUAUCAAAUCAAAGAUCAAAUACAUCCCAGAGAACUACAGCAUUAAUCAAUUCAGAAAUUAAAAAUUGGAAUGAAGAUAUCAAAUCGUUAUAUGCCGAUAAUUUCUCCAAAUCUCAAUAUAAAUCAAACCCUAUAAAAUCAAGUGGAGGUGGUAAAGGGACUAGUCUUCGAGAAUUAUAUCAUAUAUUAUUUGAUUUGAUAUAUACCCCACCUAAUCGUAGGAAUCCAUCGAUAGUGUAUUGUGGAACAGGAGCUAGAUCGUACGAUAUUAUAUCGGGAUUGAUACCUGAAUCUUGGAUUGAAUGGAUCUUACGAUAG